UUGGUUGUCUUUCCAGUUUUACUGUACUGUUCAAGAGCAACUAGUGGGAAAAAGAGAGUGAGCUUUUAGCCGAAAAAUAAACUCUUUUUUUAUGUCCAUGCAUUGUUAAUUUGUUGCUGAUAAUAUGUUGAUUUAAUCAAUCUUAAUAGAUUGUAGUUUUAUCAUAUCACCGUUAUGCAAUUAUUGAUCAGCUGUAAUGGAAACAUCUUUACUAGACUAGACUAGACAAAGUCUUCUAAGGGAUUAACUGGUCACUGUGCACUUGUUAACCUUGUGAAAUUGGUUUAAGGUUGUUGUCUUAAACCCUUUGGUUUUUGUGCUUUUAUUUUUUUGUGUAACUGUUCCAAAAUUGUGAUUUAUUUUAUAUUUUUUGAAUGAAAUGGCUGAAGAAAGAAAACUUUUAAAGUCAGAAUGUGGAUCAGAAUAUGGUUCAUUCAGCCAAUCUGCUAAUUUGAGCGGCCCUGAACCAUGUGGUCCUUCCAUUCCUAAAAAGUCCCAUUCUGUCAAGUCGAAAUCUCCAAGUGUAUCUAUUUUAGGAUUGUUUAAAUAUGGAACCCAACUGGAUUGGUUUUUAAUCGUUAUUGGUACGAUUGGAGCUAUAGCUAAUGGCUUUGCGCGUCCGAUGAUGGCAAUAGUUUUUGGUCGCAUGACCGACUCAUUUCUAGAUAUUGAUACAAUGGAUAAAGAUCAAAGCCUU